GAUACUACCAGCGAUUUACUUGUGGCAAAGCUGGACAAAAACAUGAAUGCUACAAGAUAUAGAGAAGAACUGCUGAACGCUUUCGAGGUGGCUCUUCAGCAACGCAGCAAUCUCAUCACUUACCUGGAGCCUUCACAUUCGACAUGUGGAAUUCAAGAGUCAAUGUUUCGAAUUCUCAUCCUCUGCCGAUCAUCGCAAGCAAAAGCAUUCGAUUUACUUCUGAAUCAGCUAGAAAGUCUACAGAAAGAAGGGCAAAGCAGUGUUAGUCUCUCUCAUCUAUGUAUAGCACAAAUCCGCUUCAUCAAUCGUAUCUAUGACAGCCAUGCGCUAUUCUGCUCAGUAUUUGAACGGGAGAUUGAGCAGUGGACGCCAGAAGUCAGAAAUUCGUUGAUCUCGUCGAUACCGGAGGUUCUUACUGAUGUCAGCGUUCAAUUAGAAGCUGUUCAAGAACUUCAAUCGUUGCUUUUGCGUGACGUGAAGGUUGAUCCAGUUGGAUGUAAACUAGCCGUUAUAACAGCUUUGUCCUUGUUGAACUCAGAAGCGGAGGCAACAAAACAGUUUCAAAAACAAGUAAUGCAGUCAAUCAUGAAGUUUGAUGUGGAGUUGCUUCCUUCACUUGUCGAAUUACUGCUUCGGCGUUUGGACUGUUCAAGCAAGAAUGCAUUUGCUGAACUAUUAUUCCAGCUCUCCUCCAGCCUCCAAAUUGACAAACUUCAGUUUAGACGUCGAGGAAAGGUGUAA